AUGACUGACAGUCUUUUCAAUACCGGUGGGUUCAACUACGACGAUGUGGAGCCUCUUCCCAUCUCCAAUGACCAAAGUGAUGGACUUUGCCAAAUCCUGUAUGACGACGAAUACCGUGAGGUGAUGGGCAUUGCCAGAGCUCUUUUAAAAAAACAGGAAGUCUCAGAAAGAGCGCUGCACGCGACCGGGGAGACAAUAGAGCUAGUGCCGGCGUUCUACACGAUGUGGAACUACCGUUUCCAGAUCGUGAAACAGCUUUUUGGUCCUGAUGGAGCCAAACUCAACGCGGAGCUCGAUUGGCUCGACGAAUUUACCUUAAAUAACCCUAAAAACUACCAGAUCUGGUCUUACCGCCAGGCUCUGUUGGGGAUGCAUCCAAGCCCGGGUUUCCUUCGAGAAUUGCCCAUUUUACAGUCGAUGAUCGAUGACGACACUAAGAACUACCAUGUUUGGUCUUACCGUCGCUGGUGCGUGAACUUCUUCCAAGAAUAUGAGCAUGAGCUGCCAUUUGCGUCUGAGUUAAUAUCCCGCGACGUGUACAACAACAGCGCUUGGUGCCACCGUAUGUUUGUUCUUAAAUCCCAGUUCAAGUCCACUCGGCCACCAGUGGAGCUUAUCACAACUGAAGUGCAUUACACAAAGGCGAAAAUUGAACUUGCUCCCCAGAACGUUAGCUCUUGGAAUUACCUUCGCGGACUCUACUCCGAGUUUUUCGACAAUACGUUCGAUCCUGAGAUAAUAGCCUUCGCCCAAAGUUUUGUUGCCGACGUUUUCGAGUCUCCACAACAACCACCGCAAAUCCAAUCUUCGUAUGCUCUAGAAACGCUGGCCUACGUUUACUCUCAAGAUCAAGAAACCUACAGUAAGGCUAGAUGUGCAUAUCAGGCUUUAUCCGAUACUUUUGAUCCUAUACGCAAGAGUUUUUGGGAGUUUAAAAUCCGUUCCCUGAAAGGCUAA